AUGGCAAAGGAAGCGGAAAGAAAAGGACCCCUGUGCCAUUAUGCGGUGACCAGCCUGGCAAAGAACAACUUCAGGGUGGUCACCGUAAACAUGUACAAUCCGCACGUGAAGGAUGAAGAAGGAACACUCUACUAUGCACGUCAGCCCCCGUUCUGCAGGCGUUGUAUGGCCUACGGCCAUAUCCUGGCCUCGUGCAGCGCCAAGAAAUGUCGUUUUUGUGGGUCGGAAGAACACGAGGCCAAGGAGUGUGACGAGCCCAAGGCUUGCCACGGGUGUGGCUCAAGAGCACACCUGUGGCUAAAAGAAGAGAAAGAGGAGGGUGUAGUGUUUGGAGUGAAGAAGGAAGGAAAGGAGGAGACGGAAGGAGAGAGGUGUGAACUUCGUGGAUGCUCUGGGGAUCCUCAAAAACAUCAUGAAGCUGACGAGGCAGAGAAGAGUCUCUCCACAUCAGAACACCACAAGAAACAACAUCAGAGACCCACAGGAAAGAAACCUCACUGCUGCUCUGACUGUGGGAAACGUUUCAAAUCUUCAUCAGAAUUGAAAAAACACCAGCGAUUACACACAGGAGAGAAGCCUUAUAGCUGUAAUCAAUGUGGGAAGAGUUUUACUCAGUCAAGCCACCUGGUAUCACACAAGAGAACACACACAGGAGAGAAGCCUUAUAGCUGUGAUCAGUGUGGCAAGAGUUUUACUCAGUCAAGUAGCCUGGUAUCACACCAGAGAACACACACAGGAGAGCAGCCAUAUAGCUGUGAUCAGUGUGGCAAGGGUUUUACUCUGUCAACCAACCUGGUAUCACACCAGAGAACACACACAGGACAUCAGCCAUAUAGCUGUGAUGUAUGUGCAGACAGUUUUACUACAUCAAGCCAGCUGGUAGUACACCAGCGAGUACACACAGGAGAGAAACCUUAUAGCUGUAAUCAGUGUGGGAAGAGUUUUACUCAGUCAAACAGCCUGAAAUCACACCAGAGAACACACACGGGAGAGAAACCUUAUAGCUGUGAUCAAUGUGACAAGAGAUACUCUCAUUCAAGUAGUCUGAUUAAACAUCAGAAAAUACAUGCUGGAGAUCCACGGAGUGUGGAAUGGGUAGCAGACCUGGGUAACAGAACACAGAGUGUGGAAUGAUCUCCAACACCAGACCUAUAUACAGUUGAAGUCAUAAGUUUACAUACACCUUAGCCAAACACAUUUAAACUCAGUUUUUCACAAUUCC